CGUUUUCUUUCACUUUCUCUCCGCCUUUCUCUUCUCUCCGCCCAAUUGAUGUAUUAAAGCUUCUCCACCCGAUCUACGAACCGUACAUUUAUUCAUAGAUACGAAGAGAUUGCUUACACGGCUUUCCACAAUCUCGAAUCAAAUGUCUGGAAUUUGGAGAUGGAAAAAUUUCAAGGCCUUGGCUUUUCAAGCUCGUUUAGUUUCGCCGAUUUCCACGAAUCUUCACAAACUGGAAAUUGGCUCGCCUCGCCGCAUGCAGAAGCGGUUCAAGUGGGAGCAGGGAGGUGGCGGCGGAGGAGGAGGAGGUGGCGGCGAUGAUUUUCCGUCGUCGGUCACCCGCCGGAAGAUAAGAGCGGAGGCCAAUUGCCCUCGCUGUUCCAAACAAAUGGAUCUUCUGUUCUCCAACCGCCAGUUCCCUUACUCUAAUCUCCACCGUCCGGUUGAUUCCUCCGCCGGGGCCGGCGACAGCAGCAAUUACCAGGCCGUGAAUUUCUGCCCCACUUGCAAAACCGCUUACUGUUUCAAUCCUCGCGGCGUCUCUCCUCUUCAGGGCACGUUCAUCGAGAUUGGUCGCGUUCAUCAACCCACCAACAAUUCCAAAUCCUCGAAGAAAUCCAGGGAGUCCCAGCUCGGAUCGGACAAUAGCUCCGGCAGAAAUCGACUCAGAUCUGCUUUCUGGGACACGCUCAGAUCUUACGGAACCGACCCACCAGAGGAUUUGCCUUCAGCUCCCGCCAAUGGCGUGUCCGUGCGCAACCCUCCAUCGAACAACGUGGUCCGAGCCGCCGGAGGCGGCGGCGGCGGAGACGGUGCAAAUGUGGAUGCUCCUCCGCAACCGGAUGCGGCCGAGAGCUCCGGUCGAUGGGGCGGAACCAAUUUGGGGAAGGACUUCCCAACUCCAAAGAAGAUUUGCGAAUUCCUUGACAAGUUCGUCAUUGGCCAAAGCCGCGCCAAAAAGGUGCUCUCUGUCGCUGUGUACAACCACUACAAGAGAAUAUAUCAUGCCUCUGUGAGAAAAGGGUCAGGAGCAGAACCUGUUGCUGAUGAAGACAACGUGGAAUUAGAAAAGAGCAAUGUCCUCCUGAUGGGACCUACUGGUUCUGGGAAGACGUUACUCGCUAAAACUUUGGCUAGACUUGUAAAUGUUCCAUUUGUCAUUGCCGAUGCCACUACUUUGACACAGGCUGGCUAUGUCGGUGAAGAUGUGGAAUCUAUACUAUAUAAACUACUAACGGCUGCUGAGUUCAACGUACAAGCAGCUCAACAAGGCAUAGUCUACAUUGAUGAGGUUGAUAAGAUAACAAAGAAGGCUGAGAGCUUAAACAUUAGCCGAGAUGUUUCUGGAGAAGGCGUCCAACAAGCACUUCUGAAAUUACUGGAAGGCACGAUCGUAAAUGUUCCUGAGAAGGGAACAAGGAAGCAUCCACGGGGUGAUCAUAUACAGAUAGAUACCAAAGAUAUACUCUUUAUUUGCGGGGGAGCAUUUAUUGACCUCGAGAAGACCAUUGUUGAAAGACGACAUGACUCCUCGAUUGGUUUUGGAGCACCUGUCCGGGCCAACAUGAGGACAGGGGGACCAAUCAGUGCUCUUGUAACAUCAUCUUUGCUAGAAUCGAUUGAGAGCUCCGAUCUGAUAGCAUACGGCCUAAUUCCAGAGUUUGUCGGGCGCUUUCCCAUCUUAGUUAGCUUGUCAGCUCUAACUGAGGACCAGCUGAUUCGGGUGCUUGUAGAACCGAAAAAUGCUCUUGGCAAGCAGUACAGGAAACUCUUCAGCAUGAACAAUGUAAAACUGCAUUUCACCGAGAAGGCGCUUGAGCUGAUUGCCAAACAGGCAAUGGUGAAAAACACAGGUGCGAGGGGUCUUAGAGCUUUACUUGAAAAUAUUCUCACCGAAGCCAUGUACGAGAUUCCAGAUGCAAAGACGGGAAACGAAAGAGCGGAUGCCGUUGUUGUGGAUGAGGAAUCGGUGGGCUUGGAAGCUGCCCGUGGAUGCGGAGCUAAAAUUUUAAGAGGAGAUGGAGCUUUGGAGCGGCACCUCGCCAGAAGCAAGUUGAAAGAGGCUGCAGAAUCGCAGGAAAAGGCUGUGUGUGAGGAAGCAGAAGACGCAGCGAGAGCAAUGAGCUUGUAGACUGGAACUGAAGCCAAUAAGUUAACAAACAGUGUAGGGAUUUGUCUUUUGAUUGUUUGUAAAGAACAUCAUUCAUCAUGUUUUUCAUCUUACAACAUUGUACAACAGAAAAAGCAUUUAGCUUCAGAUUUCCAAAGGUGAAGGAAGAAAAAGGAGAGUGGGGCUUUUUGUUUAUACCAUCACCCUGUAAACCGACACACUGUAACUUGGGGCACCUACCUGAAUAACACGAGUGUUUUACUUU